CUUAUUCCUCCGACGAAGGGUUUAAUUUCGCCAAACGAAACGUGUCGUCGUCUCCCCUCAACCCUCACACCCUCACGUUCGCGCUGUGUGCUGCCUACUAGUUUCUUGCGCCGUGGCCUGUCCUGACACAUCGUUCUAGACCUUUACACUCUCCACCGACAGGAUGGGCAAGUCGUUACGGUCGAAGCGCAUGCAGCGGCUGAAGGCUAAGAAGAGGGACAUCGCGGAGCAACACUACGACGCCAAGGAGGAGCCCACCCGCAAUAUCCUCGACGCUAUAGUGGCGGCGCCGUCGGUGUACACGUCGCACGUCGAGAAAAUCGCGCAGAAGAAGGCAACAGGCUCCUCAGGCGAUGAUGCGGAGAUGGACGCGGAAGGAGCGGGGAACGCGGAGGGCGCGGCGGCGAUGGACGAGGACGGGAAGGGCGCGCGGAACAAGCGGCUAGGGGUGCGGAACAAAGUGAUCGGGAAGACCAAGGGCGCGCGGGGGAAAGCGCUCAAGGGGACGAGCGGUGGGCGCAAGUUCAGCUCGCGGAAAACGGUGAAGGGGAAGAAAAAGGGGCUGAAAAUACCCAAGAAGGUGACGGCUAAGCUGGCACGCAAGUCCAAGUACCCUGUGUGACGCAGCUGCCCGGUGGAUUGGAAUAACGCGGUACACCUGAUUGAGAUUGAGCCGCGUCCUGCAUAUGCUGCCCACAGCAUGCCACGGCUCACAUCAUGGAUGUUGCUCUGCUCUCGGCCACUUGUUUCCCAUGAGUACCGGUGAUUGAGUGCUUGGGUUGGGGUACUCUCAUGUCAGGGAUGGGAUGGGACUUCGCUGUUCCAUAUGGUGGCCUUCUCUCCUCUGGCUAGUGUAGCAUACGGCAGGAGGGACGUGUUAGUGACUGGCUUUGCGAUACGGAAGCAGCACUGGAAAGUGCUUGACGUCCUUCUUGACACCAUAGGAUUACCUGCACUAAUGUAUGCGCUGUUCUGAUAGAGUGACUCGAUCUGUGUAGGCAAUAAACAAACCGGUAUCAC